ACUUGAUGAAGCUCAAUAAACUCAGCCGAUUUCAUUCAAUUCAGCGUUAGACAUCGAGUUGAUAACAUCUUUUCGCUAUUCAAAGAAGUCCGUUGUUGACUCACUUACCCGUGAAGAACAUUCAGCAGAUUACUAUGGACUCAGUAGUGAUGUUUAUUGGCCUGAUACAAGUUAUAUUGGUCUUGUGGAUUGUAACACCUUGCGAGAGUGAUGUUUGCAGCCAAAAAAUCUGUCAAUGUACCAAUUUCGGUAGGACCCGCAUGGUAGUUAAAUGCCAAGUUCAUGGAUACAUUCCGACUGGAAUCCCAAGCAAUACAAUUGAACUGAAACUUUCGAGUUGUUCUUUGAAGUCGAUUUCAGAAGACUCCUUCAGGAACCUAACUGUUUUAAAAGUACUUGACUUGUCGAAUAACUUAUUAAGACGCAUUCCCCACAACACUUUCAGGAAUAUGGAUAAGCUGGAAAUAGUAAAUCUUGCCGACAACCUAAUUUCAGGGAGUUUCUUCCUUCCGGAAAGUGUAUCUCAGCUGUGAGUUUUGCUAAUGAUGUAUUUUUGAAAAGAUAGAAUAAACAUAUUAAAAUUCGCCACUG